AUGUUAAGUAAGUUAGGUGUUGGUAAUAAUGAAAUAAACUAUUGUAGUAUGAAGGUUCAGGCUUUUGGGGGUUUUGUGCUGAGUGUAAAAGGAAAAGUGAAAUUAAAAUGUGAGAUUGAUGGAACUAUAGAAGAGGUAGAGUUUGUGGUCAUAGACAAUAAAUAUAUUAAGUCAAUACUAGGUCGUGAUACUUGUGAAAAGUUAAUGUUAAUUCAGAAAAUAAAUGUAAUUGUAUCUCAGAAUGAAAAGGAACAAUUUAUUAAGGAUAAUAAACGCAUUUUUGAAGGUCUUGGUAAAUUACCAUUUAAACAUAAAAUUACUCUAAAGGAAAAUGUCACUCCUGUAGUUAGGCCACCCCGGAGAAUUCCAUUUAAGAUAAAAGAAAAAUUAAAAAAUACAUUAGAGACCCUAGAAAAAAAUAAGAUCAUUGAAAAAAUUGAUAAACCAACUGAGUGGGUCAAUAAUUUAGUAAUAACAGAAAAAAAAAAUGGUACAUUAAAGAUUUGUCUGGACCCUAAAUUUUUAAAUCAGGCUAAUGUAGAGAACAUUCAUAUAUUCCUACCAGAGAUGAUAUUAAAAGUAAGUUAG